UUUAUCCUGUCAGGACAUCGACCGACAAAUGCGGUGCAGCCUUCAGUCUGCCCAGUCGUCCACAGUCCUUAACCCGCGGAUUUGCAGUUCACAAGUGACACAUAUUUCUGCCCUGGGAUAUUUUUCUCUACCAUCGCUACAUUUUCUAAAUAUGAGGUGGUUUGUGUCUCCAAACAUGGUGUAGUUGAAAUCCCUUAUUUGUGAAGUAGCAGCUGCCCGCUAGCACUGAGCCACGAUGUCCAGUAGCUCGGGCUACCCUCCCAGCCAAGGGAGCUUCAGUAGUGAGCAAAGCAGAUACCCACCACAUUCUGUUCAGUACACCUUCACGGGCACACGCCACCAACAGGAUUUCACUGUCCCAGACUAUCGGACUCAUAUGCAAGAUCCGCAAGGUCGGAGAAGGCCGUCUUUAUUGUCUGAAUUUCACCCUGGAACUGAAAGGCCUCCAGAGAGGCGCCAUGGUUAUGAACAGCAGUUUCAUUCUGUAGCAGCUCAUCCUGAGCAUGAGGCCUUGGAGGCAAAACGCCCUCGCAUGGAGACUGUUGCUGAGGCCCAUAUGACCCGCACAGCUCCUGUUGCAGGGAGUGUUGUCCUUCCCGUGCCCCAUAGUGUUCAAGACAGUCUAAGAGCCACUGUGGAAGUCAAAAAGGAGUCUCAGUUCACUGUCAAAGUGGAGUCCCAUUCCCCAGGUGGACCUGUACUACACAUUGGGGAUGAGCAGGACACAUCUCCUUCCAAGCUGUCAAAGGAGGAACUCAUCCAGAGUAUGGACCGUGUGGACCGAGAGAUUGCAAAAGUGGAACAGCAGAUUUUCAAGUUGAAGAAAAAGCAGCAACAACUGGAGGAAGAAGCAGCAAAGCCAGUGGAGCCAGAAAAGCCAGUGACCCCACCCCCAGUGGAGCACAAGCACCGCAGCAUAGUCCAGAUCAUCUAUGAUGAAAACAGGAAAAAAGCAGAGGAGGCCCAUAAAAUACUGGAAGGUCUAGGUCCCAAGGUUGAGCUGCCAUUAUAUAAUCAGCCUUCAGACACAAAGGUGUACCAUGACAACAUUAAGACAAACCAAGUCAUGAGGAAGAAGCUGAUUUUGUUUUUUAAGAGGAGGAACCAUGCUCGGAAACAAAGAGAGCAGAAGAUCUGCCAGCGCUACGAUCAGCUGAUGGAAGCAUGGGAGAAGAAGGUAGAGCGAAUGGAAAACAACCCCAGACGCAAAGCCAAGGAGAGCAGAACGCGGGAGUACUAUGAAAGACAAUUUCCUGAAAUUCGCAAACAAAGAGAGCAGCAGGAACGCUUCCAGAGGGUUGGGCAAAGAGGAACUGGCCUUUCUGCAACAAUAGCAAGAAGUGAGCAUGAAAUUUCUGAAAUCAUAGAUGGCCUUUCUGAGCAAGAGAACAAUGAGAAGCAGAUGAGACAGCUAUCAGUCAUUCCUCCCAUGAUGUACGACUCAGAGCAGCGGCGGGUAAAGUUUAUUAACAUGAACGGCCUGAUGGAUGACCCAAUGAAGGUGUACAAAGCCCGACAGUUCAUGAAUGUUUGGACUGAGCAUGAAAAAGAGAUCUUUAAGGAGAAAUUUGUCCAACACCCCAAGAAUUUUGGCCUGAUUGCCUCCUAUCUAGAGAGAAAGUGCGUUGCAGACUGUGUCCUAUACUACUACUUGACUAAGAAGAAUCACAACUAUAAGACAUUAGUACGGCGCAACUAUGGAAGGCGACGAGGAAGGAAUCAGCAAAUAACACGUCCCUCACAAGAAGACAAGUCAGACGACAAAAACGAAGAGGACAAAUCUGACAAGUCAGAGAAAAAAGAGGACGAAGAAAAGAAGGACGAGGAAGAGAAAGAUGAAAAGGAGGAUUCUAGGGACAUUGGCAAGGACAAAGACAAGUGUGACGGUGGGGAGGACGAGGACGGAAAGGAGCAAAACACGCCGCGUGGCAGGAAGACUGCCAACAGCCAGGGCCGCCGUAAGGGAAGGAUCACCACACGCUCCAUGGCCAAUGAGGCUGCCUCUGUGGCGGCUGAGGAGGCUCCUCCCCCUGCCCCUGAGCCUGCCUUGCCAGAUCCUCCACAGCUCCCUAAAUCUGAUCCAGCACAGAAGUCCAUGAAGGAGAAUGCAAAAGCCCAGACUCCAGUAGCUAACAUGGAUGCUAAUAAAGCUGGUGCUGGUGAAACAGGGGAAACUUCUCGCUGGACCGAGGAGGAGAUGGAGGUUGCCAAAAAAGGACUUGUUGAGCAUGGGCGAAACUGGACAGCCAUUGCCAAAAUGGUGGGCACUAAAAGCGAGGCCCAAUGCAAGAACUUCUAUUUUAAUUACAAGCGACGUCACAACCUGGACAACCUGCUUCAGCAGCACAAGCAGGAUACACGGCGGGCUCGUGCUGAUAGGUCUCAAGGUGAGGGCCUAGCCACAGCAUCUCCCGAUGAUGAAGAAGACAAUGCAGAUGACAGCGAAGGCGGUGACAACAGCUCCGAUACAGAAAGUGCUCCCUCCCCCUCUCAAGCUGACUCAUCAAAGUCUGUUGACUCCAAGAGGCCAGACAGCACUGCUGGAGAUGCUCUGUGCACUGACCAGGACAAAGUUCAGUCUAGUAAUGGAAAGGCUGAACCCUCAUAUGGGGAACUCUGUGUCAAGGAAGAGAAAAGUCCAGAGAGUGAGACUGGAUCUCAGGAGGAAAAGGCCAGAGUGGCUUCCUAUGCUGGGUCAGUGCAUCCCAAAACUGAACCUCAGGAUGUGGACAUGAAGACUGGAGAGAUUCAGGUCAAGAUGGAGCCUGGGAUGAAGGAGAAAGGAGAAAAGGGUGAUUAUGGUGAGAGGCAAAAGGAGCCGAAUUCAGAUAAUGACUCCAGCGCCACCUGCAGUGCUGAUGAGGAUGUGGAGGCAGAGCAUGAAGGACAGAGUAGGAUAUUCUCUAUGGAAAAGCCUUCAUUACUCAGCCCACCAGGUUCUGUGCUGGUGUCUUCACCCAAGCAAACCAUCCAACAAAUGCAUCAACGGGCAGCUGCCAUCCCACCCAUGAUGCCUGGUUCAUUUGCUCCUGGAGCUGUGUCAAUCAGUGGUUUUGCUAUGUUACAACACCAAAUCAAAGCUGUGCAUGAGUCUGCACACCAGGAGGAGAAGCAGAGACAGGAUCAGGGAGAUUUGGACCGCAGACCCCCGUUCAGCAGUCGUGGUCCCACCGUACUAGACAGGGAUGGUAAACUCAUGCCCUACAUGCCUUAUGAUAUGAAGCUGGCUCUGGACCAGGACACCCAUUCUGGUCGUCCAGGCUCCCCCUACAGACUCUCCCCCAGGGAGCUGAGCAAGGCCCCACCCCAGCCUGACCCCAACGCCCCCAGUGCCUCCCGCUACAGUGUGCCGCCAGUGCUCCACUCUGCCCCCAGCCAGCUGGUCCAGACUGUGCCAGAUGGAGUCCGCGUGACGUUCAGACCCAGUCGACCUCCCAACAUUCCCUCUCCUCCCCCACUCAUUCCAACCACAAAGCAGACAGACAAGCCCUCCUUCAUCCAGGGAGGCUCCAUUUCCCAGGGAACUCCUGGCACAUACCUGCCGUCCCAUGUUGUCUAUGGGCCAGAGGGUGCAAAGAACGCUGUGGGAUCAAUCUCUCUGGGUCUGCCUCGGCAGCAGGAUCCCAACAAACCUGGAUCUGCAGUUUCAUCAAUACAGGAUGGAAGAGGCAACCCAGCCAAGGUGGGCGAGGGUCUGGCUUUCCGGGGAUCAAUCACCCAGGGCACACCAGCCUUGACACAGUCCAGCAUUGCUGCUGACCUCCUGAAGGGCACAAUUACAAAACUGGCCACGGAGGACCUGAACAGCCCAGACAAGACUAAAGGUCAUGUCAUCUAUGAAGGCAAGAUCGGUCAUAUUCUCUCCUAUGAUGCUAUCAAGAACACCAGGGAAAACACACGCAGUCCCAGAACAGGCCAUGAAAUUAAACGUACUUAUGACAUGAUGGAAGGGGCAAUGGGCAGGGGACACCCCGGCAGGGAAGGCGCUCCAUUCGAAGGAUUAAUUAGCAGAGCCUUGCCCAGAGAAAGUCUUCAUGGAGAUUCUAAGGAAAGACCACUGACCACUGGUUCUAUCAUGCAAGGAACACCUAGAACUGCUGCAGAAACGUAUGAAGAUGCCAUGAAAUAUGGAAAACAGAUAAAGCGAGAGAGUCCACCAAUUCGCUCUUUUGAAGGUGGUAUUGGCAAAGGCAAACCAUACGAGGGAGUCAACACUAUCAAAGAGAUGGGACGCUCUAUUCAUGAAAUACCCCGGCAGGACCAGUCUAGCCAGGACAUCUGCAAGACCCCUGACAUGUCAGACAGGAGAGUUAUAGAUGGCUCCAUGUCUCAGAUUCAUCCUUCCAACCAGUCGACCAUUAAACAUAAUGUCAAGUCCUUAAUCACCAGUCCCUCUAAGAUCCCCCAUGGCAUGGAAGCCAUGGAACGAGCCAAAUACGAGGAGAAUAAGGCAGUACGGCACACUUCUGUGGUCAACUCCACCACCUCUGUCUUGCGCUCUACUCACCAGGAGAUGAGCAAAUCCCAGCUUAGUCCAGGCUUGUAUGAUGACUCAAAUGCUCGCAGGACCCCUGUCAACUACAGCACCAAUCCAGGUUCUAGAGGAUCACCCAUGCUUGGUCGUGGUCCUGAAGGUGCUAUGAGCUCUGCAAAAUCUGCGUCACAUGAAAGAAAGAGUGCCAUGACCCCAACACAGAGAGACAGCAUCCCUGCAAAGUCCCCAGUGUCCAGUGGUGACCCUGUAGCCUCUCACAGCCCCUUCGACCCCCACCACCGGUCCGUUGUUUCUGGGGAACCAUACCGUGCACACUUGCCUUCACAUCUGGAUCAUACCUUGGCUUUCCACAGAGUUCUGGAUCCUGGUGCAGCGUUUAUGUUCCCCAGGCAGCCGUCUCCAACAAGCUAUCACAACACGUACCAGCUGUACACCAUGGAGAACACACGGCAGACGAUCCUCAACGAUUAUAUCACUUCCCAGCAGAUGCAAGUCAUCCCACGCCCUGAUAUGGCCCGAGGAUUGUCGCCACGGGAACAGCCUGUCCCAAUCCCUUACCCAGCCGGAGCUCGAGGGAUUAUUGAUCUAGCCCAGAUGCCUCCAACUAUCCUGUUGCCUCACCCUGGGGGAACAGGUACUCCCACUUUGGAACGCAUCGCCUACCUCCCUGGAGCUCAGCCCCCUUUCCCUGCUAGGGCUUUCAACCCAACCUCCAUAUCGCCAGGCCAUUCAGCCCAUCUUGCUGCUGCCGCUGCCGCCGCUGCCAGUGCAGAGAGGGAACGUGAGAGGGAGCGUGAUCGGGAGCGUGAUCGGGAGCAGCAGGAAAAAGAGAGGGAACGAGAGCACCGAGAGAGAGAGCGUGAACGAGAGCGGGAAAUGCGAGAACGCGAGCGUGAGAGAGCCAAUGAAUACAUCCGCGGUGGACCUGAGCAGCCAGGCCGGCCAGGGAGUCAAGGUUACCUGCACUCUCCAUCUCCCUCACUGAGGACACAGGAGGUAGUGGUUCAGCAGCGGCCGAGCAUUUUCCAGGGCAAGAGUGUCAUCACGUCACUUAUGCCACAUUCUGCAACAGUAGCAGCACAGAGUACACGGACAGAGUACAGUGCAGCUGAUGCUCUGGCCGCACUGGUGGAUGCCGCAGCCUCUGCUCCACAGAUGGAUGUGGCCAAGGUGAAGGAGAGCAAACACGAUCGGGAUGAUGACAUGUCUUUAUCGUCCGGAGGUCGGCGAGCACCCACCCUGUCUGAACAGCAGCAGGAGGCAGAGAGACGAUCUAUGCAGUCACCAUAUGGUGCCAUGUCUCUGCCAGGAGGUAAGCCCCAUACAGCUUACCCUGACGGCGGAAACGUCGGGGUUAAGGACAAGUGCCUUCCAACCUCCAAGUCCCGUAUUGAAGAGGAGCUUAGGACUCGCGGAAAGACGACUAUCACGGCUGCUAACUUCAUUGAUGUCAUCAUCACACGGCAAAUAGCCUCUGACAAAGACGCACGAGAACGAGGCUCUCAGAGCUCUGACUCCUCUAGCAGCAUCUCAUCUAAUCGCUAUGACAACAACACUAUUGAGGUGAUCAGUCCUGCUAGUUCUCCUGUCCAAUCACAACAAGACAAAACAGAAGAUGUGCAACCACAGGCAUCAGCUGGCAUGCGGUCCUACCAAUUAAGCCGUAUUCUGCCACCAGGGGAACAAUCCCAGCCCAGCUCCCAGUUGCCACCCUCUUCCCAGGCAGAUAGCUACACACAGAUCCCAAAGACUCAUCGUGUCAUGACCUUGGCAGACCACAUUUCGCAUAUCAUAACCCAGGACUUUGCCCGUAAUCAGGACCCUCCUCCAGCUUCCUCCUCAGCUUCUGCCACAUUCCAGAGCGUGGUGCCACCUGUGUCGUCUUCAGGCCGAGUCAAGGUGCCCAGCCGUUACAGUCCUGAGAAUCAAGUACAAGCCCCACAUCAUCAGAGACCCUCCAGUAGAGUGUCACCAGAAAAUACCAAUGACAAGCCCAGAUCCAGACCUGGCAAGUCUCCAGAGCAGGGAGGCAGGCAGAUGGAAAACUAUGAACCCAUAUCUCCACCACAGAGCUACCAAAGCAUGGAUAAACAUGAAGCUGGUGGGCCAACAUCACAGAGGCGAGAGACUGACAGUUCUGAGCUCAGGUCCAGGAGUGAUUCGAGGUCUCCAGGGAGCAUCAGCUAUCUGCCUUCCUUCUUCACAAAGCUGGAAAACACCUCACCAAUGGUGAAAUCCAAAAAGCAGGAGAUCUUUCGUAAGUUGAACUCCACAUCUGGUGUUGGUGAUUCUGAUGUUGGUAGUGCUCAGCCAGGCACAGAGAUUUUCAACCUGCCUGCUGUUACUAGCUCAAGCAAUAUCAACCCCAGGAAUCCCUCCUUUAGUGAUCCAGCCACUAACCUGGGCCUGGAGGACAUCAUCCGCAAGGCCUUAAUGGGAAACUUAGAGGAAAGACAAGAGGAUCACCAAGCAGGAAUAGGGGCCAUUAACACAGCUGGCACAGGCAGUGACGCUCGCCAGGAGGCAACUCCGUCACCUAGUAUGGGAAAGCAGAAGCAAGUCAAAGCUAACAGCCGGAAAUCCAAGUCCCCUAAUUUGGGUCAGGGCUACGUUGGAGGCGAACGUCCCUCCUCAGUGUCCUCCGUCCACUCUGAGGGAGACUAUCACAGACAAGCUCAAGCCCAACCCCAGUGGAGCUGGGAAGACCGACCCUCAUCCACAGGAUCCAUGCAGUUCCCUUACAACCCACUGACCAUGCGCAUAUUAAGCAACACACCACCCACCUCCAUACCUUCCCCCUCCAUACAGAGCCAGCAGCAGCAACCACCUGCAGCUGGAGCCACAGUGGCCCAGCAGCGUGUGUGGCAGCCUCUGCUGUCAGAGCAAUAUGAGACCCUUUCUGACAGCGACUGAUCUCUACGUACCACAGCUCCACUAUAAAUAAGAUAUGCCUGCACUGAGGCUUGUCUGUUCACCCCCCUCUCCCAGAACUAACCUUGCUCACUGGCAAGUAGAUAGGGUGGGGUUUGUUUCUUCUUUUUGGUGCUAUUGCGCCGUCUGGCUGUUAGCGGUGAGUACAAGCAGCAGGCUGGGACUCUCCAGAAUAUUGCUUGCUUUUAUCCAGAAGCAUUCAGCCAGCUUGUUUGGAAAAGAAAUGGAACUUGACUGAGGGAACUGACAUGAGCUGUAGUGAAGAUGAAGAACUUGUGUACAAAGCAUAAGAGACGAUUUCUGGAUUUGUUUGAUUUCUGUAAAGAUAUUCCUUGUCUUUAAGAAAAUCAUUGUAUGUAAAUAGAGUAAACUUUUGCAGUGUUUUCUUAACUUGAUUAUUUCUUAUUUUAAUGUUGCUUUUAAAUUGAUCCACUUUAAAUGGGAAGAGUUGGGGUAUAAUCUUUAAUAUCACCGUUGUUCUCUCCCAGCCCACCUCCAAACCCACAUGUCCUGAUCCCAUUUUAAUAUUUUUACAAUUGUAAUGGUAGAGACCGGACCUGUGGCUGUACUUGAACCUGAGCGGAGCACAGUCAAGUACCACCAGAGCCAGAAGAUCAUGGACAUUUGAGGACAAAACAUAAACAUGCCUCUCUUCACUGCACUAGUGGGGAUGAUGUAUGGAUUGUAACUAUCAGAUGGUAGAUGUUGAGAACACUGGUGUCAUAGCAGAAAGGUGAAAAGUCUGAAAUAAGCUUAAUUUUGCCAGAAAAGAUAUCCUUAUGACUACUCCUGGACCCCUUCUGAAUGAUAAGUGAGCCAAUGUGUUUCUUCUUUUUUUUUUUUUUUUUGAUAUAUAUCCCCACGGUGUGUUACAUGUAGCUGUCUCUCUCUGCAGUUUCUAACCUGUCCACAACGAUCUGCUCUGCAAGGUUGUCAUGGUAAAACAAAGUAUGUCAGGAAUAUUUUUUGUUUUCAUUUUGUUUGUUUUGAACAGUUUUGCCAUGCCUUGUGACUUGAGAAAGAAGGCAGCUUUAACAAAUUUUCUCAGAGAAUAUACAUUGGUGUUUGAUGUUUGUAUUUGUUUCUGUAGUUCCUCCUUUUUUUUCUUUUUUUUUUUUUUUUUAUACUAUCCUGACAAAAAUCUGAACUCUGUAAAUUGUCUUUCCAUUACAAGACGAAACUAACCAAACAAAGAAUGGUCUGCACCAUUGUUGCACUUUUUUGCUUUGUAGCUUUUGACAACAAAAAGCAUACUACCUGCUGUGUAACUUAUUCAGCCUCUAGCACAUGAGGAUAAUCAGAUGUGCUUUAAUGUUUUCCCACCAUUCACAGAACUCUGUCUUUCAUCCUAGCUGGUACAUGAGUUUGUAGUUUAAUAUGUGCAUCACAAAUUACAGUUUUAAGUGUAUGGUACCAUUGAACGUUAAGGAUUUUGCCACCAUGGUAAGUCAGAUCCUUGACCACUUAAUCUCUGCUUUCAUUGUAUCAAUCAUAACGCUUUGAAUAUAAAUUAUGCUAGAUCAACAUCAUAAAUAACAGUAAUGUUCCUUUGCAGGUCUGUUUUUAGAUGUGUGAAAAAUACAAUAUUUUGGCUGUUCAGCUAAUCCAUUCUGCUCUAAACUUGAUAUUUCCUUUUUGUUUUUGAUUAUGAAUUAUUUGUCACAGCAAAAGUUCAGAUUUUUUUUCCAUCACGUUCAACAUCUUUGUUAUCCAUCCUGUUUAGAUGGGAUGUUAUGUGUUUACAAAGGCAAAGACAAAAAACGUUUACAAACUUGAAUCUUAAAGAAAAUCCUACAUAAAGCCGAAAAAUAAUUGGUGCAUCUUUUCAGCUCCCUAUCAAACACACAGUGGUGACUUUGUUGUCUUUUUGAAAUUGAGACUUGAAAACCCAUGUAUCCUAUGAUGUUGAAAUGCAAUGUUUGUAUCGCACAAUGUCUAUUAUAGUAGGCUAUUACAAGAGUUCAGACCAAUCAAAUAAAGUGGAUCAGUUCUCCACCA